AUGUCUGCCAACAAGUACAAAGUCGCUGAUAUUACUCUGGCCGACUUUGGUCGAAAGGAGAUUGAAAUCGCCGAAAAUGAAAUGCCUGGAUUGAUGUCGCUCCGUUCUAAAUACGGUCCAGCUCAACCAUUGAAGGGUGCACGUAUCGCUGGCUGUUUACAUAUGACUAUUCAAACUGCCGUCCUCAUCGAAACUCUCACUGCCUUGGGUGCCGAUGUGACUUGGUCUUCUUGCAACAUCUUCUCCACUCAGGACCACGCUGCUGCUGCCAUCGCUGCUACCGGUGUCCCUGUCUACGCUUGGAAGGGUGAAACCGAUGAGGAAUACCUCUGGUGUAUGGAACAAACCAUCUUUGCCUUCAAGGAUGGUCAACCACUCAACCUGAUUCUCGACGACGGUGGUGAUUUGACUGGAUUGGUCCACGAAAAAUACCCUCAACUACUAGCUGGAAUCAGGGGUGUAUCUGAAGAAACCACCACUGGUGUCCACGGUCUUUACAAAAUGCUCAAGGAAGGCAAACUCAAAAUCCCCGCCAUCAACGUAAAUGACUCGGUGACCAAAUCCAAGUUUGAUAACUUGUAUGGUUGUCGUGAAUCUCUCAUCGAUGGUAUCAAACGUGCUACUGACGUGAUGAUUGCUGGCAAGGUCUCGGUCGUAGCUGGUUAUGGUGAUGUAGGAAAAGGUUGUGCCUUUGCUCUAAAGGGUAUGGGCUCUCGAGUCAUCGUCACCGAAAUCGAUCCAAUCAAUGCUCUACAAGCUGCCAUGGAAGGCUUUGAAGUCACCACCAUGGAAGAUGCCGUCGCCGAAGGAAACAUCUUUGUCACUACUACAGGUUGUCGUGAUAUCAUCUUGGGUGAACACUUCUCUGCCAUGAAGGAUGAUGCCAUCGUGUGCAACAUUGGUCACUUUGAUAUCGAAGUCGAUGUUGCAUGGCUUAAGAAGAAUGCCGUAAAGCGAGUCAACAUUAAGCCACAAGUAGAUAGGUACGAAAUGGCUUCAGGUCGUCACGUCAUACUUCUGGCUGAAGGUCGUCUUGUCAACUUGGGCUGUGCCACUGGUCACCCAUCGUUUGUCAUGAGUAACUCCUUCACCAACCAAACCCUUGCUCAAAUCGCACUCUGGACUGACACAAAGUCAUACCCAUUGGGUGUCCAUUUGUUGCCCAAGAAGCUCGAUGAGGAAGUGGCUGCUGCCCACCUCGAUAAAUUAGGCGUAAAACUCAGCAAACUAUCACCCAAGCAACUUGAAUACCUUGGUGUCAACAUCGAAGGUCCCUUCAAGCCAGACCACUAUAGGUACUGA